GGUAACAUGAGCGUACAGGAAGUAGUCAUCACUGUUGUCAAAGCUGUUUUGCCGAGCUAAGUGCUAUACAAUACAAACAAUAUAAACCACACACACACGUAAAAUUCGUUAGUGUUGUACGCUAGUCGUACGACAUUAAACAAUGGACAGUUUCGAAACACCGUACGAAGAUGAAGCUUCGACUGAGUUUAUUGAAUGCACGGUCUGCGAAAAAUCCAUAAGAGGUGACACCUUGUACAAGAUACACCUGACUACACCAGGACAUAUAAAGAAAGAGGAUGCCUUUGUUGCUGCGGGGCUUGGUGGCAGGGAACACACUGUACCAUUAUUUGAGGACAUAUUACAAUAUCUGGAAUACCUGAAGCUUGAUGAGCCUAUCAUUGGUUUGAAAUAUUUGGAUGAAGUGCCAAAUAAUAUGGCUGACCAACACGCAGGGCCCAGAUACACAUGUAGGCUAUGUAAUGUGACUGCAAACCUACCAGAUAUGGUCCAUCAUGUGAUUGGACGUAAACACAGGCAGAAAUACAUGGAAGUGAAACGGCCAGACUUGGUGACCUGGGAUAAGCAAUCCAUAAUGACCCAAGGAGGAAAGAUCAUACGUGCCAGAGCAGAGAUAAUAGAGAGACAGGAUGGAAGAGGAUCUCCAUUGCCAAUGAAGAAAAAGGGGACUGUGGGAAAAUUAAACAUCUCCAGAGUUCCCCCAAGGCAGAAGCAAAAUAGGGACCUAAAUAUUCCACACAGUGUAACCCAACGACAUGUGUCACCACAUCCACCAGAACUCAAGAACUAUCAAGAUGAGUACUCUCCCCGAGGGAGGAGGUAUUCCCCAGGUUUCCCAACUUCAUCUCCAUCCCAUUCAGAUGACCGUUACACUUUGAACUCUGACAGACAGAUGUACCCACGGGAGGACACAUUCAGCUGUGACCGCAGGGAAGAGGAGCUGUGGAGGGCAGAUUACAGGGAAAGGAAUAUGCACAGACAACAGUAUCUGGACAGUGAUCAUCGUAGGGAGUAUGAAGAUGAAUAUGUUGAAGAGCCACAAACAAGAGCUGUUCUUGAGCCAGGUGAUGUGCACAAAUAUGAUUCUGGGGAGGAGAUGCCCCAUGGCCAGGCUCAGCAUGUAGAGUAUUACCCAGAAGAGGCUCCUCCAUACAGAAGGCCCUACCCAGAAAAAGAUCAGCUGAAGGAGUUCUACACUGAGGAAGUCAGGCAUGGGCGAGUUCAUUCUGCUAGUAGCGAGUAUCAGCCCUUGCAGCCAGUGUAUCCAGAAGACAAUAAACGCCAGUGGUCUCUGGACAGGGAAUCUGGUAGGCAUGAAAGCAGGAAUAGAGCAGGAAGGCAGGGAUCGAGUGAACCAGAGGCCAAGAGGAGGAGCUUUCCCACACUUAUGGAGAGUGAGCAGACACAUUUUAUCAGAGAUUAUCAGCAUAAAACAAGAGAACCAUAUCAAGAGGAGGCAUUUUCCAAUGCUAGGCCUAGCAGAACAGGACCGCCUACCUUCCAGAGACCAAUGGAAGUUACCAGGUCCACAUCUGACAUUCCAGAGCCAUUCAGGAACUUCCUGAAAGGGACUGCUGAUGAUGAGGGAUAUGGUAAAAGAAAAAGAAAGAGUCGCUUCUCUGAUGCCACUGCAGAGGAGAUGGAAACCGCAAACGAGAUGUUCCAUGAUGACUCUAGACCUCCAAAUCCAAAGUUUGGCGGUCGUUCUAGACCAGGUGGUGCACCAUUUGAACCUGAAAUCCAUGGAACACAACAUCCUGACCUCUACACAGAAUCACAGAGCCCACAUGAUACCGACAGCUACCAAAGAGGACGCUCUGAGCCUGGGGGGGUUUUUGAUAUGCUGAAAAACAUUGAAAUUGAGAAUGCAGAAGAGGCUGAGUUCCUUAAGAACAAACUUUGCAAUCUUCUGAAAGAAUUCAAGGCCAAAAAAUCUGAGAAGAUUGUGCAAAAUAGCCAUAGUCGUGCAGUCAUCUCCAAAGAUUACAACAGCUUAACGCCGGACAUGCAGCUCUCUCCACAACACCAGUAUAAGAGAACCUUUAGAGAAGAUUUAGACAUCAGACAAUCAGAAGACCUCUACGUUGAAGAAGAUCACAGAAGAAGAUCCCGGAAGCAGCAUGAGCAUAAACCUGAUGAGCGGCAUCAAGAAUACCACCAUCCUGUGCACGGGGAACCCAGACGCUCAAACAGACGCCGUUACGAAGUUUUCGGGAUGCCAGAGAUGUAUCAGGCACCACAUGCUACGCGUUCAGAUGAGCCAGCACGUUAUCCUGAAAGGUUUCAAGAACACAUGCAGCCUCGUGACUACCGACCUGAUGCUGAGGAGCUAUUUGACUCCCACUCUUUUACACCUCCCCUCCACAUGGAGCGAGGACCCAGGACGAACAGGGGCUCUCAGUACUCCAACAGCCUGGACAAAAUCACCUCCACCCUCCUGGAACUUGUGGCCAGGAAAUAGUCAUAUUUAUAAUAGUCAUAGUUCAUAAUUAUUAAAUAUUCAUACUUUUAAUAGAAUAUUGGGUCUGAAAACAUGAUUUGAUUUCAAGAUUUAGUUUGUCUUUUUCUUUUUUCUUUUUCUGUAUACACAAGAAAACAAA